CCUAGUGACUCACGUCAUUUCAACAUGGAGUCCACGAUGAUGCGGAGGCGUGUGAUUGACUUUGGUGGUAGAGUCAGGUUUUAAACUAACUAAAACUUCAUUGGAGGCAGGAUUACUCGUAUACUAAGAAUGUAGUAGUGGCUGGCCCCUGCAGUUUUAAACAUUAUUUUACAUAGGUCAUUACGCGUUUAGGUCAUGGGCUCGGUUAACAGCGUUCAGCUAAAAUGUGCAGCUAAGCAGUUCGCAGAGGAGUAGCUAGCUAGCUAGUUGAAGUGAACUGGCUGUUGGAUUUUCUACGCUAGAUCGUUUGCUGGUUGUCAAAUUGAGGUUUUGCGACAUGCAAACACUGGCACGUUUUAUUACUCUAUGCUGUUCACAUCGGUGAUUUUCAAGGGCUGUCACUACCUCUAACGUAACAUUAGCUAAUUCAUUAGCUCAUAUUGCUUGACAGUUUAAACUUUCCUUUCAACAGGAAACAGUCGACAGUACAUAUAGAAAGAGAAAGGGCUGUUUUGUAAAAAACAGUUUGUCGGUAAAGCAAAUUUAACAAACUAUAACCUAGUGUAAAAAUACAGAAUGCUGCUCUCCCUGGUUGUGCACACGUAUUCGUUGAGAUAUUGGUUUCCUGCAGCGGUAAUGCUGGGCACAGCUCCGGCUUAUUUGCUGUCAUGGGGUGCUUGUCGCCUGAUUUCUACUGUCCUGCCAUCAAGAAUGUACCGCAGGAUGGAUGACCACCUCUAUAACAUCUACCAGAGCCUCGUCUUAUAUUUUUUUGAAAACUAUACCGGGGUGGAGGUUGUUAUUUAUGGAGACAUACCAAAGAAUAAAGAAAAUGUGGUAUACCUUUCCAACCAUCAAUGCACAGUGGAUUGGAUUAUUGCCGAUAUGUUAGCUGUGAGGCAGAAAGCCCUUGGCCAUGUGAGAUACGUCCUCAAAGAUGGGUUGAAGUGGCUCCCGUUAUACGGGUGGUAUUUCUCUCAGCAUGGUGGUGUGUAUGUGAAACGAAGUGCCAAGUUCGAUGAGAAAGCAAUGAAAAAGAAGCUCACUUCACAGACAACGUUGGGAAUCCCAAUGUACCUUGUCAUCUUCCCAGAAGGAACACGAUACAACCCUGAACUGAAGGAGAUGAUCCGCGACAGUCAAGCUUUUGCUACUAAAGAAGGGCUGGCCGUCCUAAACCACGUCCUGACCCCAAGAAUGAAAGCCUCUCAUGUUGCCAUAGAGACAAUGAGGGACCACCUGGAUGCAGUGUAUGAUGUCACUGUUGUGUAUGAGGGAAUACUUGGAAAAAGCAGAAGACAACCUGCCCCAACCAUGCCAGAAUUCCUGUGUAAGGAAUGUCCCAGAGUUCACAUCCACUUCGAUCGUGUGGAUAUAAAGGAAAUUCCACCGGAAUCUGUGUUUUUCCGCAGGUGGCUGCACGAGCGAUUUGAGAUCAAGGACCAGAUGUUGACUUCUUUCUAUGAGUCGGAAGAGCCGGACAAAAAAGGCAAAUUCCCCGGAGACAGUCAAAGAUCCCAUCUGAGUAUAAGGAAGACGAUGCCAUCUCUGCUAUUUUUGGGGGGAUUAACACUGCCAAUGCUGUUGACUGAGUCUGGCAGGAAACUCUAUGUCCGAACCUGGGUCUACGGGACUCUUUUGGGAUGGCUCUGGGUCAAUCUCAAGCCAUAAGAAUCUUAUGGUGGUCUUCUUGCCUUCUUUCUAUGAGUAUGAAAGGAUCACUCAUGGGGGUUCUUUAUUUAAAAAAAAAUAUUAAACAAAGCACUUGUUGCUUUGAGGCUUAUACAGGUCUGUCCAAAUGUGUUGCUGAUGGUCUACCUAGCGGUUGGAAGUAGAGGUAUGGGGUGAGAGAAGUGGAUUUUUUUUGUUUGAUUCUUCCUUGAUUUAUGAAUGUUUUUGAAUUCACAGCAGAAUGAAUGGAGGGAUGGAGUGGUUGUAUACAUGCAUUUCUUUCCUUGAAUCUCCACCUUAUCUUAGCCAUAAAGUAUGAAUAGCCAGAGUUCAUCCUUAAACCCUUUCCCCUAUUACAUAAUACAUGUACUUUGCAUGUACUGUCUCCAACAUGACGCAGUCUUCAAUUGGUUGACAAGAGUUGGGGUUCAGCUCUCUGAGAUGCUGUGCUUUGUUCAUACCCUAUUGGAAUUGAAAACUCUGGGAAUGAGAAAAUCCUAAAUACAUUACUCCAGGGUUCCAGCAUCCAAAAAAAAAUUUCAGGUUUGAAGAUGAGUAGGUGUGGAAAGUUAACAAUAAUAUGGUUGUACACCGAGCUUCCCAGUGAGAUUGUUGAGUGUACUAUUCCAAGGAACAUUUGAAUGCCGCAUUAGAGAGCAAAUUUAAUAUUCAGUACUCCUUUCAAAGUACUAAUUACGAAAAUGUUUUCAACUGAUAUGAGGCUUUGGGUCUGAAUGCCAGGUUGUUUGUGUGUCUCUUGUAUAUGUGUGCUUUGUUGAAGUUGCAGAGGUUUCACAAAUUGUUGCCAAACUCUAUAUAAGUGCAGGGGUAUCAAAUAAGUGUUCUGAGUAAAGCAACAGAAAAAUUGUAUUGUCCUUUCUAAUUGACCUGAAGAUUGCAAGAAUUCUUAAUUUGUUGGGAGAGCUUAUUCAAAAUACAUUUUUGUAUACUCUUAUCUUUUGCCAUGUUACAGAUUACAUAAUAGGUAUUGUAUAGCUAUAUAUUGAGUCUAAAUGUAGAUUAUCAAAAUAUAGAAUACUUUUUUUUUUUACAAAGCCAAUUGUAUAAUAUGCAUCACUGUAUUCAGAAAUAUAUUUACUGUGAGUCAUUAUUUUUCACAAUGAAAAUAUUAAUUUUUCCACUGUUGUCACUUUACAUGUUGGUAUUGUAAGCUUAUUUAAUUAUUUAAGAGGUCUUCCAAUAGGUAUUCAUUUAGCAAAUGGUAACUUAACUAGUAACAUCCAAGGCCUCACUUACAUAUCCUAUUCUUUAAUAACAAUGUGUAACAGCAAUACAGUUUAAAAAAAUACAUUUAUUUUAAUUCUGUCAACUUGGAAAAAAAAUAUUAAAAGAGAAAUAAUUUUAGUAGACACGAUUGUGCCAAUAGUACCCAGAAAUGUGUGCCUUCUACUGGAGUAGUUAGUCCUCAGCUUCCACCCAGAGGACUGCCUGUUAUGACUGCACUGGGACUCCCUCUACUUGACAGCACUGGAACUGCUCUGCACAACUAUUUAGUCUAAAUGUCUUCAGUUCAUGAGCUUCUGGUGGGCUUUAGCAUAUUUUGGAUUUGGUUUUUUCAAACCACUUCAUUUGAGGUGAUUUAUUUUCAUUUCUAAAUAAAGUACCUCUUGGUGUUCCAUCAAGGUAAGGAGUUUAUUUCAAAUGUCCAUGUGUUGUCUUUCUCAUGCAAUGCUACAAAUCUUUUAUUCCUUUACUAUGACAUCAUGAUAAUGUGUCAUGAUUUUGUAUUUCACUGGUCAGAACAUUCAUUGUGGAUACCAACCGUUCUUUCAUGCAGUGCAGGUCAAAAUGUUUACUCAAAAUGCCAUGGGGUAAAUCACAGUUGUUAAUUGUUAAUAAUUCGCUCUGUUCCAAUAGCUUUUUUUUUUGUUUCAAGACUGCUUUGAAAAGCAGGGGUUUUUAUUGACAUUUUUCUUUUUUAUUUCUCAAAUGUACAUGGACAAACUGUUUUGUUGAUCCUUUACCUUAAGCAGUUGUGCAUGCCUUUCAUCAAAUGUAGCAGCACUGGGAAGGGGGGGGAACAUCUACCUCUGCCUGUGUUACAAAUACAAAAAGAUGCUUAGAAUAUGGAAUAAAAUUGAAGGCUUUGAAAAAUUUAAAUAUUCAUAUGUUUAUUAAAUAGAUGUCUAUUUUUUAUUCAUGUUAAUUGCUAAAUGUCCUAUUAAAAUGAUCUAAUGCACUGCUGAGUUCAGAAGAAUGUGCUGCUCUUAUGCCUAUCCUUUAAUACUUGUUAAUGCAGUGCAGCCGUGGAUUCAAUAUUUUAUUGUACUUUGACGUCCUUACCCUAUAGCACAUUUUAACUUGACCUGAUUUGAAACCAUAAAGGUGUUAAAUGAUGAUUCAAUCACGCUCAUGUUCAUUUGUGUUUGAGACUUUAGGAAUAAAAGGGAUGACAUUCAAAAUCA